UUGAAAGAACUGAAAUCCAGUAAUGAAAGGGGAGGGGCCAGGGACCGUCAGGCUGGGGAGGAAACCAGAAAAACAGGUGGAGCUCUGAAGGGGAGGAGCCGGUACACCUGUGCAAGACUGAAGGGGAGGAGCCGGUACACCUGUGCAAGACUGAAGAGGGAGGAGCCGGUACACCUGUGCAAGAAUGAAGGGGAGGAGCCGGUACACCUGUGCAAGAAUGAAGGGGAGGAGCUGGUACACCUGUGCAAGACUGAAGGGGAGGAGUCGGUACACCCGUGCAAGACUGAAGGGGAGGAGCCACUACACCUGUGCAAGAAUGAAGGGGAGGAGCUGGUACACCUGUGCAAGACUGAAGGGGAGGAGUCGGUACACCUGUGCAAGACUGAAGGGGAGGAGUCGGGACACCUGUGCAAGACUGAAGGGGAGGGA